AUGACCCCGCCCGCAGUUAAUAAGAAUAGUCGCCCGCCCGAUCCUGCGCGCCGCAUAACGGUCUCGGGGUUGGAAGUGACCGUACAAAACUCCACCGCUAACCAGUUUCUCGCGGGGGCCGCUCGGAAAGCGAGGUACGCGUGGAUGAAUUCUCCUCUCGUUCAGCGCGACGACCAGACUCAGACGACAGCACUCCCAACCCCGGAGCCGGCAGCUUCAGCUCGUGCUUUUGCUGCUCGUGCUCCUCCUGCUCCAGCGUCUCCAGCUUCUCCAGCUCCUCCGAUGCCAGAUCUCCCGCCCUCACACCAGAAUCUCGCCUCAUUCCGCAGUAAUCAAAGUGCUAUCGCCUCGCCUACGCCCACAAUUCCCCGAAAUGCAGCCACUCGUCUCCAGACUUCACCCUCUUCGACUACAAUACCGCAGCAGAAGCAGAGUCAGGAAAGUCUGGAGACACAGAAGCAGGGCUGUCUGGAACAGCAGUCGGUCUCCUCACUUCCAUCGCCGGACCCCACCAUUCCCCCCAGAUCGCAUACCAGUCCGAUAGCUGCCGGCGAGAGAAAUGGGGCCCCCAUUGCCAGUCCCUCCAUGACUGCUUUCCCGUCGCCUCCGCUGCAGCAACAUGCUUCAAAUCAACGGCGUCCGCAACCAAAUGGUUCUACUGUAGGAACAUUUCCGGCCUCUAUUCCGAGCAAUCAACAGGCAAACUCUUCAGCAACUCAGCAAGGACACCCCCGCUUCGUUCCAUAUAGCCCGCCUGGCUACUCUCAUCUCGCUCCUACUGCUCCAGUUCAUCCUCUUCCGUUACCACAGCAGCACCCGAAUACCCUCUCACAAACGUUGGCUUCAGAUCGUCCUUCAGUCAUUACAGCGGAGUUUUUUGUGCGCGCAAAACGGAAUUUGGAUGCGUUUGUAGCGAAGGAAAAGCGGUCGUUGUUUGUCCACGAUGGCGUUGAGGCUCCACGACUUCAACUUCUGGAUUAUGCCCUUACGCACCAGGACCUCAUAUUCCUUGCCCUCCAUCAGGUGUACUGCCUCGACAGCUACGACUCGGCGCAGCUCAAGAACCUCCCCGGCUUUGGUCCCGAACAUGUGAAAGGCUUGUAUAUCGUCCGGAAUCUUUUGGUGGAUAAUCAGCGCGUCGCGUCGAACUUUCUAAAAUGGUGUGUUGACUUUCCAUCCCCACUAUCAGAGCUACUCAAGGAUUGGAAGUAUCACAUCCAGUUUCAGGGGAUGCUGCGCCUUCUGGCUGACCUGGUGAUACAAUGGGCAGUUUUUGAAGACAUUGUGCGGACGAAAGGCCACCCACCGCUCAUGGAUGAUAUGAGGUCGCUCGGUGUCAUCUCCAUGACAUUACAGUUCAACAUUUUCCUUUGUUUAUCACGGCGGAUUCCCGGCGUUAAGGCAGAAGGUUCAAUGCGAGAAAUCUUCUUGCGAGACUUUGAUUACUUUAGGCGCCGUCUCUCGGAGCCAAUCUCCACUGAACAGAGGCGCCGUGAAAACGAAGAAAUCAUAUCUAUGUACUAUGCGGCUAUUGCAGCAGCACGGAGGGACAGCGUUAGCGCAGGCUUACCGAGAAAUGCCGGUGUCGCUCAUGGCGUUUCACGUCCAGGACAGACUGUUCCCACUCCUGUAUCAGCACCACCAAACCUGCACUUUGUGCAGCACCAUUCACCACAUAUGCAGUCGCAUUCUGCAGCGGGAGGCCAGAAUGGCAUGGCUUCGGCGUCAGCCAGAAGUUCCCUCAGCGCAACACCGUCCGUGCUUCCAGGACAAUCUGUACCCCAGCAACCUGACGCACAACAGCGCGGUUCGGAGCCGUGGGCCCUGCCAGGGCAAGUUAUAUCACCCAUAGUAGCCACUACGCCGCAAGUCAUGAUGCCGCAUGAAUUGCAUCAGGGGCACCUCGUUCAACAGUAUCCCCAACAGCCCCCUCACUCGCAGUCUCAGCCUCAGCUUCAGCAACUCGAACAACUUCAGCAAUUACAGCAAGCUCAGCGAACAGGGUCACAAAACGAACGGCUUGUUCCAGGUCCUCUGGAAUCGCAAAUGGUUGCAAACCACAGAACACAGUCUCCUAACCUACAUUAUGCGACGCUACUUCAACCACAGCAUCGGCAACUACAACAGCAGGCAGCACGCCAACCUUUCUGGACGCCGCUCCUACCCCCACCAAAUGUGCCCCCGGUGAUAACCACACGACCAAACCCUAAUCGGCUUGCCAUCCACCAGGCCUAUCUUCGCGAUCCAAUCAACCGGUUUAUCUCGGGCGAUGGCACUAGAGUCAGUGAAACAGAGUUAAUGCCUCACAUGACCUCAUUCUUUAUGAAACCCAAAAUCCUCAGCCAGGAAGACGGUGCCGUUACAGAGUCUAUUUCAUUGUCAGGAGAUGAGCUGAACCGCCGCGCAUCUUAUCGUGGACAAGGUAAAGGGGAGCGUCUGCUUCGGACCGUUAAGGAGGGCAGCCAGACUUAUCGUCUAAGAUGCAUUAAGACCCCGCAAUCUGCUGUCAGUUUGAACGAAAAUUCGUGGUGCGUUGCAGAAACCGCAUGGCCUACUGCAAUAUACGUGCACAUCAACAAUAUAGAGCUAUUCCCGCGUCGCAAAAUCCACAACACCAGAGAUCUCCCUGUGGACAUUACGCUUGUCCUCCAAGAAGGUUUAAAUAAGAUCGAAGUCAACUUCCUCCUAGGACCUGCUGAACGAAAGAACUUCACCUAUGCAGUGGCUGUAGAAGUACUCACCUUCCGCUCCCUUGCGUCUGCAAAGGCUCUUGCCCAGCCUCUGCCAGCCGCCGAGUCGCAAAAGCGCAUUCAAGCUAAGCUUGCACUCAAUCCCGACGAAGAUGGCGAUGAGCUGAGUAUUGUUAGCGACGAUCUCAAGGUCAGCCUCGUUGAUCCAUACACUGCACGCAUCUUCGCUGUCCCCGUGCGCGGUCGUCAUUGUGACCACACAGAAUGCUUUGAUCAUGAGACAUUCCUAGGGACUCGCCUCCUCAAAUCUGGAUUUCAAUCUGCGAUAGAAGCGGACUGGAAAUGUCCCAUAUGCGGCCGUGAUGCUCGCCCCCAAAACCUCAUUGUUGAUGAAUUUCUGGCCGACGUGCGCAACCGAUUGGAACGCACGAACCAAUAUGAAAGCGCUCGCGCUCUGAAAAUCAGAGCCGACGGUACUUGGGAUGUAGUAACCGAUAAUGACACUUCGUCCUCUGAGCAACGGAUUUCUCAAACAGCUUUAAAGCGAAAGUCAAGUGUCCUGCACACUGGAAUCCAACAGCGAAUAAAGGUCGACCGUUCUGCCUCUGCUUCAGUACCGGAGCGAACGCCGGAUCAGUCUCCCGAAGUCAUUGUCCUAGAUUGA